AUGGCCUCUUGGAGCCCCAUAGACACCCUGCACAGCGAAGCCUCCUGCCCCAUCUGCCUGGGGCUCUUCCAGGACCCCGUCUCCAUCCACUGCGGCCACAACUUAUGCCGCGGCUGCAUCUCCCGCUGCUGGGAAUGGUCGGGCCCUUUCUCCUGCCCCGGGUGCCGGGAAGCGGCUCCGGAGCGGAGUUUCCGACCGAGCCGGGAGCUGGGCAGCAUCGCGCGCGUCGCGGCGCGGAUGGGCGCGAAGGCGACGUGUCCCGAGCACCAGGAACCCCAAAAACUCUUCUGCAAGGUGGAAUUGAGCCCCAUCUGCGUGGUGUGCGAGCGCUCCCGGGCCCACCGCUUCCACGCCGUGGUGCCCGUGGAAGAGGCCGCCCAGGAAUACAAGGAAGAAAUCCAGGCCCGUCUGCAGGCGCUCAAGGAGGAGCGGGGAAAAUUCCUGGAAAGCAGGAGAUCCGGGAAGACCGGGAGCUCCUAUUUGGAGAAAACCAAAGAGGAAGGGAAGAAGAUUGUGGAUGAAUUCGAGCGUUUGUGCCAGUUUUUGAAGGAGCAGGAGCAUCUCCUCCUUUCCCAGCUGGAAGACCUGGAUUGGGCCAUCAUGAAGGUCCAGGAAGAGGCCGACAACAAGAUCAUGGAGGAUGUGUCCCACCUGGACACCCUGAUCUGGGAGAUGGAGGGGAAAUUCCAGCAGCCCCCAAGCGAAUUCCUGCAGGAAAUCCGAGGUCUCCUGAACAGCCUGGAGAAGCUGAAAUUCCACCCUCCAAUGGAGAUUUCCCCAGAAUUGGAAAGACGAUUGGAAGAAUUUGUCCGGAAAAACAUCCUCGUUGGAUACACGCUGAGGAAAUGCCAAGACAGCCUGAUGUUCCAGUUGCAAGAGCCAACCAAGGUCACCCUGGAUCCGUCCACAGCUCAUCCCAACCUCCGCAUCUCCGAGGACCUGAAGGAAGCCCGGGGCCACCUGGCUCCUCGGGAGCUUCCCGACAACCCGGAGAGAUUCGACUUCGAGCCCUGCGUCCUGGCCCGCGAGGGCUUCCUGGCGGGAAGACAUUUUUGGGAAGUCGAGGUGGAUCCGGGGGGCGUUUGGGCCUUGGGGGUGGCCUGUGGGUCGGUGAAGAGGAAGGGUCCCCUCGGAUUGAGCCCCAAGGACGGGAUUUGGGCGCUGGAAGCGUUUCAUUCCCUAACAUCCCCCCGCGCCAACGUGCGCCUCAGCCCCCUUCCCAAGCGGAUCCGGGUCUCCCUGGAUUACGACGGGGGCCGGGUGGCGUUUUUCAGCCCGGAGGCCGCGUCUCCCAUCUUGGCUUACGCCGGAGCGUCGUUCGGUGGCGAGAGGAUGUUCCCGUGGUUCAAGAUGGGAAUUGGGGCCCGUUUGCAAGAAAUCGGCCAACGGGCGCCCGCUGAGGACUGGUCCGGGGCUGGGAGGCUGAUGUCCCCCCUGGAUUGGGUGGGAUUCGGGUCUCCGCUGAGGAUCUGUCCUUGA